UGUGGGUUGUGAGCAUGUGGUCCUUGAGUCUGGAUAUGUCCGACCCACACCCAACACACCAACUAUAUGUCAUGCCAUGAUAUAUGUUGUGCUUUUGUAGUUCUGUGUCUAGAUCUAUUUUCAUUUAACUUAACGUAUUUUGUCAUAUCAGAUCAUGCUCAGUCGACCCAAACAAAAUGCGGCGCAGAUAAUGAUUCAAGAGUAAUAAUUCAAGUAAUAAUACAAGGGUACAAGUAUUAUUAAAGAUAUUAUACUCCGAAUCUCCGUCAACCAAGGAGCUACCGUUGAAAAGUUUUGGAAUCCCAAGAUAUUCAUCUUCAAAACAUAUGCCCACAAGAUUUUAUAAGUUAACCCCAUGAGUUUUAGUAAAGCCAAAAACAAUUAGACAGUCUUGAGUUUAUCUCAAUGGAUAUGGAAAAAGCAGGGAUUGUUGAUGAUUACACAAAGGAUGGAACAGUUGAUCUCAAAGGAAACCGUGUUCGUGGUGGUUGGAAAGCUUGCUACUUUCUUGUUGUGUAUGAGGUGUUUGAAAGAAUGGCAUACUAUGGUAUAUCAUCAAAUUUGGUGUUGUAUAUGACAAGGAAACUUCAUCAAGGAACUGUAGAGUCAUCCAAUAAUGUCACCAACUGGGUCGGCACUAUUUGGAUGACACCUAUCAUCGGCGCUUGGAUCGCCGAUGCCUACCUUGGACGAUACCGGACUUUUCUCAUUUCUUGUGCCAUUUAUCUAUCGGGAAUGUCAGUACUAACACUAGCAGUUUCAGUUCCUGGGCUCAAACCACCCCCUUGCAAUGAAGCCCAAAUGGGAGAUUGUAAAAAGGCCUCACCUUUACAACUAGCAGUGUUUUAUGGUGCACUCUACACCCUAGCAGUUGGCACAGGUGGGACCAAGCCCAAUAUCUCAACUAUUGGGGCAGACCAAUUUGAUGAUUUUGAGCCCAAAGAGAAGGCCCAUAAACUCUCUUUCUUCAAUUGGUGGGAGUUUAGUAUUUUCUUUGGGACUUUAUUUGCCAACAAAAUCCUAGUCUACAUCCAAGAUAAUGUGGGCUGGGCUUUGGGAUAUGGGCUUCCUACUAUUGGGCUUGCUAUAUCAAUCUCAAUCUUUUUAGCUGGAACUCCAUUUUAUAGGAAUAGAUUGCCUACUGGAAGUCCCUUCACAAAGAUGGCAAAGGUUUUUGUGGCUGCCUUUAGGAACCGUAAAGUGUCGCUCCCUAGUGACCCUAAGCAACUGUAUGAACUCGAUUCGGAUGAAUAUGCUAGCCAUGGAAUGUUCGGAGUGGAGGCGACUUCUUCCUUGAGGUUCUUUGGCAAAGCCGCGGUGGUCACAGGCGGCACAAAGGACCCAUGGAAGCUAUGCACGGUUACACAAGUGGAAGAGACAAAGCAACUCCUAAAAAUGGUUCCAAUCUUGGUCACUACAUUCAUCCCAAGUACCAUGUUAGCUCAAGUACAAACCCUUUUCGUCAAGCAAGGAACCACCUUGGAUAGGACCAUAGGCACAACAACAUUCAACAUCCCCCCUGCAUGCCUAACCGGGUUUACAACAUUCUCAAUGCUCAUUUCCGUCGUUUUAUACGAUAAAAUCUUCGUAAAAUCCAUGAGAAAACUCACAAAAAACCCAAGAGGAAUAACAUUACUUCAAAGAAUGGGACUAGGCCUAAUCCUUCACACAAUCAUCAUGAUACUUUCAUCUCUAGUAGAAAGGAAACGACUUAAUUUUGCAAGAGGACAUGGUGUGGUUGAAAGUGGUGCACAAGUACCAUUAACAAUCUUCAUUUUACUCCCUCAAUUUGUUCCCAUGGGGGUGGCUGAUGCAGUCCUAGAAGUGGCUAAGCUCGAGUUCUUCUACGACCAAGCCCCCGAGGGAAUGAAGAGCCUAGGGACAUCUUACUCGACUACAUCGAUUGGUAUUGGGAAUUAUAUAAGUAGUUUCUUGUUAUCGACUGUUGCGCGCCUCACUGCAGAGCAUGGACACAAAGGGUGGAUUUUGAAUAACCUUAAUGCUUCUCAUCUUGAUUAUUACUAUGGAUUUUUCGUGAUACUUAAUGUGGUAAAUUUCUUCUUUUUCUUGAUUGUAGCUAGGUCUUAUGUUUAUAAGGCUGAGAUUUCCAAUUCAAUGGAAGUUCUUAGAGAUGAACUACAUCAAUAAUGAUUAUAGGCAUAUGGUUUCAUCUUUUUUUUUGUACAUAAAAUUGUUAGUACAUUCUCAUGGAUCAAGUGAGUAAACAUACAAAAGUAUGGCUUUAGAGUCAACUCCUUAACCUUUAUAAAGGUCGCAAGUUGCGAUAACAUUUAGUUGUCGCAAUCUUACGUGUCGCAGUUUUAUUUAGUUGUCGCAAUCUU